AUGGCAGAAGCAGCGACAGGUGAUGGUGCCCUUCGCCGGGCCUACACACGCAGCAUGCCCGCAGUCCUGCGUCCCCUUUCACUACUAGAAGAAUCCAUGGCCGAUGUACAGCUGCAGUGGGAGGAAAUCAUUGAGAGAGUGAUGAUGGAAGAUGCUGUUGCUUCGUCCGUGCAUGCCGCAGUGCAUCGAGUGGAAAGGCUCGCAAGCCAAUUGAAGGCGAUUAAGCAAGAGUUGCUUCCACUAAUGAAAUUCUUUUCCCACCACGAAGAGGAUUCACAACAGUCUUUUCUACGGUACUGUUCCUCGACUGUGAGAGCACACGCUAGUGGCGAUCACACGGCUCCUGAUGUGGCUCAAGGGGAGCAGACGCGCACCAAGCGUUUGGCUGCGUGUGUUUGGGUCUGGAGCGUGUGCAUGGGGACAAUUCUAAAUGACUUGGAAUUGCUUAGUAGUAGUUUGUCAUUUGCUGCAUGUGCGGGUCUCUUUGACAACCCCACGGAAGCAGUAUGCAAUGUGGAAGCUAGCGCCUUCUUUUUGGGCAAGACGGCGGGUAAUGAACCCACUCUCUCGGAUGGGGACGUUUUGCUUGCUUGUCAACUGCUUUAUCAUUUGUUUACAGGAGAUGAUUUCGCCGCGGAACGGGUACUUCGUCGCGUUAUGUCGCUACUAGGUGAAUGUGAAGAGGGGCACGAUGGCAAAGAGUGCAGAGGGUGCAUGCUUAGCCGUCUGGCACGCAUAGCAGAGUGGGUGGCAGCCGAGGACUAUGGAGCACUACAGGCCUUCAUGAAACUCGACUUUUACACAGCUGGGGGUGCUUUCCACUCGCUACCGCCGCUUGUUGUCUACUUUACACAAAUGAUGCUGGACACCGUGGUUCACCGCCAGUUGGUGCAGAGGCACCUUCAGAGCGCUUGGCGUCCCGUGAUCAGUGUGGACAAGCCCGCUAGAGCUGCGCUGCCAGAUGUCUCAUCAGGCGCAACGAUGACGCUUUCUUGUGGUUUGUCAGGGAUUUUCAACACGACAACAAGACGCUUGAGGGCAUGUUCUCUUUUUCGUCGCGAGAGUUUGCCCCCGCGGGUUCCAUGGCCCAUCCCUGAGGCUUUAGUUGAUAGCUGCUUUAGGGUGCAAUGGUAA